AUGAUAGUUCGUUGUGUUUAUCAAUUAGUCCAUUCACAAUAUUCGAAUAUACGUUCUGGAUGGACAAAUAUUUUUGCUGUUCUACACUUAAUAGCAUCGUCUUUAAAUGAAGCAAUAGUUGAUAUGGCAUUUGAAACUUGUCAUUUUACUGUGAAAACUGUUUUCAAAGAACAUUUACGUAUUGUUGUUGAUGCUUUUCAGCCUUUAGUAAAAGCAUUAGCUGAAUUCGCAUGUAAUCCUCGAUUUCCUGACACAGCUAUGGAAAGUAUCCGUUUAAUUCGUAUUUGUGCAUGUACAGUAGCUGAAAACGAAACAGUGUUUAUUGGUCUACAAAAUCCUGAAUUUCCCAUUGUGAAUAAUAAUAACUCGAUGGAAUUACCCAAUUCUGAUUUGAAAUAUGUAUAUUUAUUACCUGAAGAUGAUCAAAUUUGGUUGAGAGGUUGGAUGCCCGUACUAUGUGAAUUAUUUCGUAUAAUAAAUGGUUGUAAAUUAGAUGUACGCACUCGUGGCCUUACUGUGUUUUUCGACAUAUUAAAAUCACACGGCAAUAAAUUUAAACCAUUAUGGUGGCGUGAAACAUUUGCUGUUAUCUUUCGAGUUUUUCAACAUUUCCGAAUCUCUUCAGUAUCAUCAGAAUAUAACAAUACCAUGACAAAUGUUGAUUUGGAAACAGUCGAUCAUACUUCUUCGGUAAAAACACCUCCGUACUCGAAUGCAUGGAAUGAACAAGCUAUCACCAAUAAUCGGGGUAUUCAUCAUCAGACUCUUUCAAAUAUGGAACGUACUGAAUGGAUGAAUACAACUUGUAAUCAUACGUUAUUUUCUGUUGUGGAUAUAUUCACUCAAUUUUAUGAUGUGUUACAUGAUAUUCUUUUGGAUGAUAUUUACCAACAACUUCGAUGGUGCUGUUUACAAGAAUAUGAACAUACCCAUCAAUUGCUAACAUGGCGCCCAGAACAAAUGCCAAUUGAGAUCAACGAUCAAACUAUGGCUACAUCAUUUGGAAAUACGAAUCAACAAUCUAUACCUGGCCAUGUUGCCAGAGCACAUUUAUUCGCUGAUCUACUCAAUAAAUCUCAUAGUAAAAAUGAAGAUAUUCACUAUUUACAUGAAGCACGUCGGUUAGCUGUUGCAUCUUAUCCAGCAUUUGAAGUUGCUUUACAAGCGGCUACAUCAUCAAACCAACCAACAUCAUUCAAUUCGUCAUCUUUUCUUACUAAAGAUAGCAAUAGUAAUAAUAAUACAGGAAGUAGAAUAUCAGUAGAUAUCAUUAAUCAUGAUUACUCGAGUACAAACAAAACUAUAACUAAUCAUAAAGAUGAUCUACACAUUUUAGAUUCUUCUGAAAACCUUAAUGUACUUGAAAAUGAAAAGGCUAGUACUCAAUGCUUUUUUGAAACUAAUCUAAAUAAUACGACUCAGUUAGUCGGAGCUAGUCCGUUACCGUUUGAUUCCCGAGAUUCACAUGCAUUCGCUAAAAAGUUUAAUUCAGAUGAUGAACAACGAAAUAUUCUAUUUCAAGCGGGCUUCAAAGUUAAAGCUAAACCGAAUUUAUUAAAACAAGAAACACAUAGUUUAUUAUGUGCUUUGCGUAUACUAUUUCGUUUAGCUGAAGAAGCAAGUGAUAUACGUGAAAAAGUGAGUAAUAAAUGAAUUUAUUUAUUAUAAAAUUUCCCGUAGAAUAAUUCAAAAUAGGGAAUAGUUAUGCGAACAAUAGCUUUCUAUGACUUCAUCAUCAUGCUCUACAUGCAAAGAUGAACAGUAGUCAGCAGUGUAAUCCAGGACGCGCGUCUGGUCCUGUUCAGGACUCGUCAGCUGGAUGUGCCUGCAGCUAUUAGGACUCAGUAUCUAAGUGGAUAACGCGAUGGCGUUUGAAGCGAACAGUACUAGGUUCGAGUCCCAGAGUGGACAUCAACUCUGAGAUGCAAGUACAUCCAGCUGACGAGUCCCAAAUAGGACGAAACGUGCAUCCUGGAUUCCACUGCUAGUCAC